AUGUUUUCAUCCAUAUUACUGAUUAUAUUUGUUACUAAUACAUUAAUUAUUUUAACAAAUGUCACAGCAACUGACGUUAUUAUUGAAACACAAAAAGGAAUAGCUUUACAUAAUAUUGGUGUGUAUUAUGAGCAGCUUGAGAAAUCUAUCGUCCAUAUACUUAUACCUUUCAAUGACUUAUGCCUUACUUCACCAACUUUAGAUGUCUGUGAGUAUGUUCAAUCAAAUGGUCCUAGCAUCUUAGAAAUUGGAACUGUUCUGCCAUAUUCGAAUGCUGUAUCUUCAAUGUAUGAUAAGAGUAAUAUUUCCCUUAUAAUGCAAGACGAUUUUAAGCGUGUAUUUGCAAGGCAUGAAGUUGAUAAAAUUGUUCAAAAAGCAAGAUCUAUUCUAUACUUUAAGAAUGACAAGUUUUAUCUACCUAGUUAUACAAAAAAAACACCAGUCGACACUUCUAUCAUCUCCACCAAUGACAACCGUCAACAGACAAUUUAUCGCUCGAAUAAUAUUGCAACAUUAGUUCUUGAACAAAUGUUCAAUAAUAAAAUAGGAUUCGACUUUUUAAAUGAUGAACAAAUAGCAGAACUUUUACCAUUAGUCGAUUUAGCACAUAAUAUUAAGCUUGAUAUUACAAAUAUUGAAGAGAGCAAACAGAAUUUUAUUAAUAUGAUUUUUGGCCAAACCGUCUACGCGUUGAAAUCAUGUUCUACAAAAAUUAAUCAUAAUGUUCGUAACGGGCCGCAAUGUCUUGUUGUCUCGACUAUUUUUCGUGAAAUUUCUAAUGAUAGCUCAUCUAUUUAUCAGGUUUAUCGUUUAACACCAUUACCUGUACUUUUCAAUGGAAAUCAAUAUAUAUAUUCCAACCUGCCGAAAGUAUUUGGAAUUAAUACAAACGAAAGGAAAGUUAUAUUAUGGAACAAUGACGAACUAUCGACCAAUUGCAUAUUGUCCUCAGUCAUAUAUUGUCGUGAAUAUCCAUUAACGAUUCCUUUAUCAUCGACACCUUGUCUGAACGAAUUGAUCGAUACUGAAUUGGAUAUGAAAAGCAGCAGCUGUGAUGUUGUUGAAUCAAAACAUAAUCAAAUCGGUAUACUGAAUAUUGUAAACAAUAUAUGGUACAUUUAUUCACCUAAUCAAUUAUCUAAUUGUAAUAUGCAUUCAUUUCUAUCACCAUCAACAGAUAAACAAUUCGCUACAUACCCAUUAAUUGUACAGUUGCCUUGCGGGCGACCAAUUCAAUGCUCGACGAUUCGUUUGCCACCAACAAAAUGUAUUGAUAUUAAUAUCAUAUUGAAGCCUAAACAAAAUCGACACAAAAGACAACGAUCCAUCUCUACCAUUCCACUUUCUGAAAUUACUACUAGACUUGUUUCUAUAUACAAAACUGCAUCUAAACUUACUUUUGCAAAUAUUAAACAUGAUAUAGAUUCGGAACGAUCAUUUAUGCAAAAAUUAUACGAAGAAUUCGGUAACAUAUUUGCAUUGUUACUCUCUCUACUGUUAUCCACUGUUAUAUUGUCAAUCUUGAAGGUUUACAAACGUCAAGAAGCUAAGCAAAACGACGACAUGCAAAAGCGACUGAAUCGAUUAGAGAGAGAUUCAAUACACGUUUAA